CAAAGUUGAAUGGAAAUAACAACUCAUUUCUUGCUUCAGAUUUCGCUACUAAUAUCGAGCAGUUAGGAACUUCCAGCUUCUAGCUCAGUGAUAAGGUUCAAUUUAGUAUGGUAAAAAAGUGACAGCGCCCUCCACUUUAUAACUCCAUGCUUCCAACCAACAAAAAAAUAUCGAGCCACGGACUUUUUUAUUCAAUAAUCUAGGCGAGGAGGAAAAAAUUAUAUUUUCUUCUUUUUGCUAUAAUGCUAAGUUUCGAAUUUUUUGAAGACUGGAAAAGGAAUUCAAUAUUUAACUGAAAUGGAAACAGGACGCAACCAUAAUUGACAAUCCGUUUCCUUCACUCGAACGCAGUGUUAAAAAAAAUGGCAAUGGCAUGUCAUACAUGGCUUUUAGAAAUUUAAUUUGGUUAAAAGGACAUAGUUUACGCAUAUUAUAUUAGAAACAUUAUUUUAUUCACAAUUAAGCUUUAAUUUAGUGCCAAGUAAAUGCUUCAAAUAAUUAGGGCUUGUAAACAUCGCGGGUAAUUAAUGUGAUUCGUGUAGGCAGUGUAUUGAUGAUCCCUUAUUUGUUAAAUAUCGUUGGUUUUUAGUGUGUAGUGUCCGUUACCGUAUCAAGAAAUCGUGUAAUGUGUAUGUUUUGAACCCCGUAAGCCGUUGUACCCAGGAGAGCUGCAGCAGUGAUGUGUUUACAACUCUAACCGUCCUAAAGUGUAACAGUGGCAAUGGAUCCAUCUCGGCGGCAGCGCACCCACACCAAGGCCACUGCCGAGGAGCAGGCUCUUGACCAGAUUGCAAAAGAGGCGGAGCAACGUCUAGCGGCGCGGCGGGCGGCGCGGGCGGAGGCGCGCGAGAUCCGCAUGCGCGAGCUGGAGCGUCAGCAGCGGGAGCAGGAGGACCAUGCUGACAAGGCCUACGACAUGUAUGCCGAGACGGUGGGGCGGCGCACGGGCACCCGAUUGACGGGGCUGAGCCCCGCGGCGCUGCACUCGCCGCGGCGGAGUUCCGAGGACUCGGCCGAUGACACAUUCAACGUAAAGGACCUUAGGGGGGAGUUGAAAGAGGUAGAAGAAAAGUUCCGCAAGGCGAUGAUCUUAAACGCGCAGCUUGACAACGACAAAGCGGCGCUCGGCUACCAGCUCGAAUUACUAAAAGACCGCAUCGAGGAGCUACACGAGGAAUACGCACAACUACAGCGUGAGCACAAAGAGAAAUGUUCAGCGCACGAACGUCUAAAACGCGAGCACGCCUCCCUCGAGCGCGAGCUGGGCGCGGCGCGGGACGCGGUGCGGGCGCGCGACCUGGCCGCCGCCGACGCGGGCUUCGCCUUCGUCGACGCCGCGCCCGCGCCGCCCGCACCGCCCGCACCGCCCGCCGCCAACGGCGAGGACAAGCCGCUGUCCACGCUGCCGCCGCUGGCGCUCGUGUCGCAUCAGAACGAGAAGCUGCUGAACGACGCCGGCGAGGGGACGCUAGAUGUCCGGUUGCAAAAGCUGCUUAGCUCAAAGCAGUCGCUGGAGGGCGAGGUGCGGCGUCUGAAAUUGCAGCUUAACGAGGAGCGUCACAAUGGCGUCGCGCGCGCACACGAUCAGGACCUCGAAUCCGAAUUGGAGGCCCUCCGCAAAUCGAACGUGGAAGCGAAAGCGCGGUUGGCGCGAGCCGAGGCCGAAGCGGCGCUGCAGGCCGCCGCGGCCGCGCGCCUGGCCGCGCAGCUGCAGCGCCUCAAGGCGCAGGCCGACGCCCGCGACGACGCCGAGGAGCAGCUCAAGCAGGAGCGCCGCAAGCUGCAGAGGGAGGCCCGCGAAGCGUUAAACCGAGUGGAAGAGCUGGAGACGGAGAACAGCCACCUCACCAAGCGGCUCGACAAGCUCAAGAAUGCCAAGUCCGCGCUGCUCAAGGAGCUGUGACCCGACCCGAUACCGACCUUAAGCUAAACACAUACGGUCCACUUUACAAUGGAGGUCAGCUGCGGCUUCGCCCGAGCCUGUGCGUUUAAAUAUGAACUCUGCUGCGACAGCGGAAAGUCUAAAUUAUGAUACAUACAGACUAGAUAAAAAUGAAGAUUUUCAGCUGUGGCUUCACCCGAGCCUGUGUGUUCGAAUAUGAAUCUUACUGCGACAGCGGAAAGUCGAAAUUACAAUAAAACAAGCUGGAAUUGUGGUUUAUUAUGCCCCGCAUUGUGCAAUUAACCAAUAACAAUUUUAACCCAACGACGUAAAGUGUAAAUUAUAAUGAACUCGUGUCCGCGAAUUCUAAAUUUGAAAGAAGCAAUCGUAUGACCUUGCGUCUCUGUGCGCAGUCAUGGCUCCGACCGUAACGCCUGGACGCAAGGUCUAUAUUUAAGUAAUCAUAUACUCCCAACUGCGUUAAAGUAAUAUCAACCGUGUUGCAUACAGUUAAGGUAUAAAAUUUUAUUAAAAAUUUUUAGACUUCAGCUGUUCUCAUUUAUAAGCUCGAAAUUCCCGCAUAUGUACUGAUUUAUAAUCCAUUUUUAUUUUACCUUUCGAUGACAGUCAGCGAUGCUAUGCGGGGGGGAUUGUCACUUUUUUCUGCAGCUGACGGAAAAACAGUCUAAUACUGUUCAAUGCUGAACUUUUUGGGAGAAAAUAGUAUAAAAUAAAUGUUCUGUAGUGCAAAUUUUCGGGCACCCGUAUAUUGUACCAAUCUACAUAAAAGCCAUGUAAUAUAGUGCCAUUUCGCUGAAUAAUCAGCGAAAUGGCGCUGAUAUUGCCAGAACCAUCAAACAGGUAAACUAUUUUGAAAAUACACGGCCAUCCAAAGCACUUCACAUUGGACAAAGCGGUUUACUUUACAUUGGACAUUUCAUACCGUCAGUAUUGCAAACUGAUGCAAAUGUUUGUCCCUUUCCAUCAUACCGAUACGUCGAAACGGGACAAACGAUUAUUAGCGGCUUGUUAACUCUAGUAGACGUUUAUGAAUAAGGGGGUAAAUGGCUCAACAAUUAAAGUCCGUGACUACGUUCACAUCUUUUAUCUAAAAUUUAUAUAAAUAAAACAUCUCCUGCAACUAAAUUUUUGGGGAGGAGCGCUGUUUACCCUAAAGUACAGGUUAUACCUAUUUAGGAAGCAGAGUUUCUAAUUUAAGGAAAUCUAUGUAAAUUGAUGUUUAUGAAAUAAAUUCAUUCAUUCAUCUACAGUAAUCUAUUUGAGGCAAACACUCAAACAUAAAGAUAACUAAAAACAAUAACAUAUGUAUGUGUGUGUGUUGCGUCUAUAACAUUACUUUAGAUGUAGGCGUUGGUGUUUUUAUGAGGGGCGUGAAGUUUCUAAAUAGUUUAUCUCUAAGAUGGUUUUAGGAAUGAACGUGCAUACGAACAAGCCGUGACAUGUUGUACACCCAAAUAAUUUGGUUGUGUUAAGAAACAUUUAAUAAUUCUAAUUUGUACAUUGCUUGAUAAAUGUUAAUUUUUGUAAAAAUAAUCAUGUGUAUAAUUAAUGUUUUGUUUUAAUGAUAAUUAUUUAUUCCUAAUGCAUUGAAUUAUGUUCGUAUUUUUCUGUAUAUUUUCUAUUUUAUUUAAGAAUAAUGAUAGCUUGCCGAUAUUCGCUUCGCGUACUAAUACUAAAAUUUAUUUUAUUACUUGCCAUUCGGUAUCACAAAUUUGUUUUAUUUUGCAAUAAAAAAUGGGUAAUUUUAGAGGUAGUUCGAAAGAGGGAAGCUCACAUUAUUAAUAAAGGGGGUAACGUAAGAAGUAAUCAAUCAGAAAAAUGCAUUUACUAUUAUUGACAUUAUCUAUAGGAAUAUAUAUACUAUAUUUCUAUUAUAUAUAUAAUAUAUUCCUGUAGAAAUCAGAGCAAAAUAACCAUAAUUCAUCCUUUUUAGUUCUUAAAGUAUUGACAUUAGAAAAAGACAGUAUGAUUCUCUAGCCGAUUCUUCAGACACAAAUUGGGCAUUCCAAAGGGUCGGUACAUGACGAUAUUUAUUAACACUUGUUAUAAAGCUUAGAAGCCGAUAUUUGUCAUGAUAACAUUUGAUAACUUAGCUGGUUAUUAAGGUAACUGCCACGCGUCAUACCCCGACCAAAUAGACCUUUUGUUAAAUACCCCAAAUGGCUGGCGGAACUAUAAUCAGUCAGCAACUUCGAGCAACACCGGCUUCCGACACGUCGGAAAGGAGGAGCCCAAGCGAUAUCUCACCGUACAAAUCGUUCUGCCAUUUUUUGCGGGGAAACGUGCACACAUUCGCACUUCUCACUCACUACAUACAAAAUCAUUUAAUGGUGACACAAAUACAUAGAAAAUGACACACGUCAAAGACAAAUCUUGCACACCUCGAUCUAUUUUUGUGUUCGGACGAGUCACGCACCGCGCUAUGCCCAGUUGGGCAUGUGCUUCAGCAGAGGAGAAAUAGUGCGAAUGCCGACUCCCUUCCCGGUGUUGCUCGAAGGUCAGUAAAUUCUAAAUUAUAUAAGCUGUAAUAUAGAUAGAAAAUUGUCAUAUAUCCCCGAUAUUAAUUCUGUGAUAUUUAUUGGUUGAUUAUAAAUGUAUGAAAUGAUUGCUCAAAACAGUGUCCCACGUUAUGUGAUAGCAGAUUUGAAACGUCCCCCGAGCGCGGCUCGAGGCUCUAUGAGAUUACAUACAUAUUGGAAAGUUACCAAACCCUACUCUUACUAAUGUCAGAGAUUACUAAAUAAUAAAGACUGAUUAUUAUGUAAAACUUAGCUUUCCUUAGUUAUUAGUGUUUAUAUUGUUAGGGACUGCUCUCAGUAAUGGUUUUCUAUACGAAAAUAGUAUCGGAAUUGCGAAUUUCCGGUAUUUUCCAUACAAAAUUACCCUUAGUAUUCCCUAGUUUCAAUAAAAGAUAAUUGAUUGUAAUAGAGGGGUAAAGUCUAAGAAAAAAACGUACCCCUUAGAUGAUGAUCAGAUGGCGCUGUAUCUCGCCAUAUAUUUUGCGUUCACUGAAUUGUCAAACGUCAACUUUUGACAGUCAGAGUUACCGCAAAAUUAUGGAGCUGUACAGCGCCAUCUCGUUGACCUGUCAAAUUCGAAGUACGAAAUUGCCUUAGAUUUUACGCAUCUUACUCAAUAUGUCUUUGCUUGAACUCUUCGAGGCUCUUCGUAGGAUUUGAAUCUGCCGCUUAGUGGCCUAAAUCUAAAAUUUAAACUUGUUGAUACGCCAAUAAGCAGGUCCCGCCUCGUACAGUUUACUAAGGCUAAAUAUUAAAAAAAAAAGUUCUCGUAGUUAUUUAAUACGGAGAUUAUCAGUCUUUAUUAUUUCCUAGUCUCAACUAUUGUCAUGAAUGAAUUUAAUAUAUAACGAGAUGAAUGCUUGCGGAUGUUCUAUAUAUUUUGAUGGGUAGAGCAAUGUGGGCGAUUAUGGACCUUGUUGUACAUGUAAUAUAGUUGUAAUUCGAUAGUCAUGCUCACGUAACUUAACCGUGCCAUCGCGCACCAAAUUAAUGUAUUAGUAUACAAUCAAUUGAUGUGGUAGUUCUCUGUAGUAACCAAUUCAUGUUGCGGUUAGGCCGCGUACACACUGCACAUUAUAAAAAAAGGAUUUAUUGAUUGUGUGAGAUGUGUGGUCUAAGACAAAUUUUGACAAUUCAUUUACUACACUCAUGAUUAGGCGCCAGUUUCUUAGCCUGUCAAACAUGAGGGCACGAUUUUUUCUUAUGGCGUUAUUCAUAAACGCACUACAAGCCUCAAUUAUAUAUUAAUCUUUCGUCUUAAUCUGACAUUGUGACUUAUGUAUUUGCAAGAAAGGGAUAAACAGAUUAAUUAAUUGAGGCUUAUAAAGUUUUAUGAAUGAGUGGGUUAUAACUACACCUCAUCUAAAUACGAGUGAAUGCAGUGUGCUCGCGGUUUUGGUGAUAUGCUUGUCAGAUGUUUUAUAUACGGUUGAAUGGUUCGAAUGAAAUAUAAUGACGGGUCGUUUCGGCCCCGUAGAGGUAGACUUUUUAUACGCCACAAUAUAACGCACCUGCAUUUAGAGACUCGUGCAUUUGCAACGUGUAAAUCAGGAGUUCUCAACCCGCAAUCGCGUAAUACCAAACUCCCGUAGAUUUUCUUUGAUUUUGCAACAUUUAACGGAGGCUUGGUAAAAAAGGUUGGGGACCCCUGGUGCAAAGUAUUUAGCAGUUAUGGAGUCUUGUAUUAAGCGCUGGAUUCGCUAUUAAUUUUUCUAUCCACCCUUUUAACCGAUUUUGUUCCUGCUAGAGUUUAAAGCUGCAAACUAUAAUGAAACUUAAUUUAAUGUUGUUAAAGUUGCAUUUCGAGUGAUCUGGGCACGCCUAAGGUAGCCGUUGAAAUGGGGACUGUAAUUUCAUAACGUUAAGGUUCAUUAUUGUUUGUAAUUAAAUAUAGCAUGCAAUAUUACAGGAAUAAAUCACCCUCACUAAGUUGUAAGUAGCAAUAUCAGUUGUAAGACCCCACAUCGUCGCGAAACUAUUAAAAUUUAAUUAUAAUCACUAAUAUUUGGUUAGUUAGGCGUCGGUGUGGGGUCCAGUGAACGAUGUAUGUAUUUUGGUGCUGCAUUACUAAUUUAUUUUGUUUUAACUAGGACUGACAUGAAGCGAGACUUGACUUAAUAAUGUAUAAAUUUGGAUACUUUGAAUAAACUUCGCUCUGA